UCAAAAUCAUCUUUCAGCCAAAUAAGAUUUUCUCAUUUGGUCAUUCUCGCCCAUGGAUGGUCGUUUUGGUAAUAAAAAGGAAAAAGCUGGCGGUUUCGUAUAGAGCUGUUGGCAGAACCUAUCACUGCCGCAACAGUACUCGCAUUUUGAUUGUUAAGCAAUGGGGAGUAGAUGGACAAUUCAUGGAAUCCAGUUCUCAUAUCUUGCCCUUUUGAUUCUUGUCUCUAAUGUUCAUGGAUGUUGCUGUGAUAAGUCAGAAGGAUUGGCUUUGUUGGAAUUUCGAGCAAGAGUGGAAUAUGAUCCACAUGGAGCUCUUGAGGAUUGGAAUGCGGAUAAUUGUGACCCGUGCAUGUGGUCAGGCAUCCAUUGCGAGGAUGGUCAAGUGCAAGUUCUGGACCUUAAUGGAAAAGAUAUCGAAGGAACAUUAGCACCUGAACUCGGAAAUCUUUGUAACAUGAAAGUGCUUGUACUCUCUGAGAACCAUUUUUCGGGUGUAAUUCCUCAAGAAUUUGGGCAACUAGAAAUGCUGGAAGUGUUGGAUCUUAGGGAUAACAACUUGAGCGGAUCAAUUCCAGAACAGAUAGGAGGCCUGCAACUACUAAGAAGCUUGUUGCUUUGUAACAAUAACUUUGAAGGAAUCAUUCCUUCUGAGAUUGGGAAUCUUAAUUUUCUGAAUGAAUUGCAGUUUGACCAGAAUCUCACUGCUGAUUUUGCUUUGGGAACUGGCUGCGUCAAUAGAAAGUGCGAAGACUGCAUUUGGCAAGUCAGUUGGAACCCGUUGAAGAAAGCUAGGUUCUUGCUGAUAACCCUGAAAUCAGUAAUCAUACGUUACCUCAAUCUAUUCUCGCUGUUCAAGCUUGGAGAAGGACCAUUGAACACAAAUUCCCGCUGCUGCUCUUAUGAGCUUCCAUGUUCACCCAGACCACAAUUAAUUUACACUCUAGAGAAUCUAGCAAAUCCCACACGGCGCAAGUUACUUGAAGAAUCAAGUAACAUUGCUGCUUCCCCCGCCAAUGUUGGGCCAGCACUGGCUAAUCUCAUUACUCAGCCAAGCAACAGAAGUAGCGGGUCAUUUCCGGCUGUGCCUGGGAAGAAGGCAAAACCUCCUACACAAUCACUAUCGCCGCCACAUCAGCAAAACACAACAAACCCCAUUGUUGCUCAACAUCAAAACAAUAUUCUACCUCCAGCAUCUGGAAAUAGAUGGAAGUAUAUGUUUGGAAUCUCAUGUGGAGUUUUCUCCCUCAUUGUUACUGUAGCAAUCAUUUGCACUUGUAGAACUAGGGCAGCAAGGUCUAUUGGCCCUUGGACGACUGGAUUGAGUGUGCAGUUGCAAAAAGCAUUUGUUACAGGUGUCCCAAAGCUGAACAGAGCUGAACUAGAAACAGCGUGUGAAGAUUUCAGCAACAUUAUAACAAUUCAUACUGCUUUCACUAUGUACAAGGGAAACCUGUCAAGUGGAGUAGAGAUCGAUGUAGUUUCAACUGCCAUAACAUCUCUUAAAGACUGGUCCAAACGUGCAGAGCUAGCUUUCAGGAAGAAGAUUGAUACGCUUUCAAGGAUCAACCACAAAAACUUUGUUAACCUCAUUGGCUAUUGUGCGGAGGAUGAACCUUUUACUAGAAUGAUGGUGUUUGAGUAUGCUCCUAAUGGAAGUCUUUUUGAACAUCUACAUGUCAAAGAAGUUGAACAUCUUGACUGGAAUACAAGGAUGAGGGUUAUAAUGGGGACUGCCUAUUGUAUCGAGUACAUGCAUGAUUUAAACCCACCUGUGCCUCAUUCAAAUCUCACGUCUAAAACCAUUUUUUUGACUGACGAUUAUGCUGCUAAGAUUAUGGAAAUGAGCUUCUGGGAAGAACUGGCAUCAAAGUCGAAAUGUGGAGAUAGCGAAGAGCAUUCUGAACUCCCCCCACUUGCUGACCCUGAAAAAAACAUAUACUGUUUUGGACUUGUGUUAUUGGAAAUUGUUUCUGGGAAACUACCUUUCACUGAAGAGCAAGGUCCUCUUCUCAACUGGGCUGCAGAAUACCUGAAGGACAAGAAAAGCAUUAGCCAAAUGGUGGACCAAACAUUGAAUCACUCGUUCAACGAUGAAGAGGUGGCUAUGGUAUGUGAGGUAAUUGAGGAUUGCAUCCAACCAGACGCGAGGAAGAGGCCAACGAUCAAGGAAGUCAUUGAGAAGUUGAGGAAAGUCAGCAAUAUAUCUCCACAGGCCGCUUUUCCCAGAGACUCGCCCCUCUGGUGGGCUGAACUUGAGAUUCUUCAAGCCGAGGCCCUCUAGCUCUCCGCUUUCCGUUAUUAUCAUCAGAUUGUCUAGUACGUACUACGCAGUAUGUAUCUUCAUAAGUUAGUUGUACACUUGUAUGUUUCUUACAUUACAUUAGCGGGACCCAACUUUAAAGAAUCUCUAUUUAUUUAUAAUUUGUUUUU